CAAGGCACAUUACAAGCGUCCCCGGACAUGGUCUCUGGUCCUCUGGAUCGAUCAAAGAGAAAGUGAUAUAUACAUUGGCGAUGGACGGGGUCAUUACAAAUGUCGUCCCGUUGUUAAAGGUUGACGUGAACAUGAUUACCUGCAUCUGGACAUAUCUUAGCAACCUCGGCUCCGAGGUUGAGUGUGGCUGGUAUCUAUUUCAAUACUUCGGUGUUGAUUUCUGGAUGACUGCGGCCGGUUGCGUGUGGAUGUCGUUGAUUCCAUGCUCUUCUCAGGGAGUUGUUGUUGUUGAGAACGAAUUGACGCGCUUCUUCGAUACUUUUCAGCAAGGCUCUGUCCCUGCCAAAAGUGGCGGCACAAAGCUUAAGUUGCUUUCGUGUCCUUUUCGUGAUCGCGGCCCUAGUAGCAAGCCCCGGAUGUUCCAAACAACAAUUCUCGUCGGAGUAUCCAAUCUCUGCAUGUUCGAGGUAUAUAUUAAUGGCCUUUCUCAGUUGACCUCUACGGGUCCGUCGACAUGGCACAUCGGAUUGGACAGAUUAUUGCCGUGACCGUGUCACGGGAAGUAUCUCUCUUAGACAGUGUGUAGAUGUCAGUGCAUCGCGGUCGGUUUCUACUCCCAACGUUG